AUGGCCGGUCCCGUUGGCGCAAUCGCCGAUGCCACCGCCGGGUCACAAACCGUCUUCGAUGACCGAGCCCUCUCCCCGAUGGCGACACCGACCUCCCGACUCCAUCUCUCUCAACAAACAUUCUUUCAGGCUCAAUCCCCGACGCGACACCCUCACCAGCGCCAACAAUCGCCGGCGGCGCUCACGAAGCGCAACCCACCCAUGGCCUUCAACGUGGCCUCGGAGUUUGCCAGCGAUCUCACGGACACGAGCAGCAGCGAGGCCAGCGAUUCCGAAGAGGACUACGGCUCGGUCUUUGCCUUCCCGCAUCCCCCAACGCCGAUGCGCAAAGCCCCACCCGCUGCGCUCAAUUUGCCCGAACCCGUUCCUGAAGACGAGGUUCCCUCUUCCUCCCCGAUACCUAGCCCUGAGAGCACCGCCGCCUCACUCUCCGAGGCCGUCAUCGAUGGGGCCUUUGCCACCGUUUUGGCCGCCGAGGCCAACGCCUCUCCGACGUCACCCAAGGUGCACAACGUCAUUGAAAAGCUGCCCGUCCAACACCCGGCUCGCGUGACGAUGCGUCGCCUGUCUGAUGGCUCGUUGUAUCCACACCAGCCCGAUUACGGUCCCAUCCCGGGACCCAAGCCCCGUCAAACCAAGAUCAUGUGGCGGGAUAGCACUGGUCAAAAGCUCUGUUCCAGUAUUUUCUUUCGCAAGAAUGAACCUCCCUGCCGCUGCCGCCCUUCCUCAGUCGCCCCUUCACCCGUGCCUCUGCAGACGCCCAGCUUCUUGAUCAAGAGCAAACCCGCCAUGACGUUCGACGUGCAGCAACUUCCUGCCGGAAACGUCGCCGUGGUCCAUUCAUUGGCCUCCAAAGCCGUGCAACUCGAACAGGUCACUCUGCGGUAUCCGCUGGCCUUUUUGACCGUGCGCGUCUUGAACAUGGCCUUUGAAAAGCGCGUCUUUAUUCGUUGGUCCACCGACGGCUGGAAAACCACAAAGGAGGAUGUUGUCAUGACCUACCUGCCCAGCUGUGCCGACCCGUCCUCGGACCGCUUCUAUGCCACCCUCAAGCUUGACUCGGAUGAGAUCGACCGCAUCGAGUUUUGCGUCGGCUACAACACCACCGGCCAAUGCUUUUGGGACAAUCGCGACGGACAAAACUAUGCCAUUGUCCUCAAGCACCACGCCACCCGCUUUGGUCGCUGUUAAAGCGCCAUGCUGGCAUCAGCGACUGAGUCGCCCCCGCUUCUUUCGACGCGCAGGUGGUCCGCACACCUGACCACGCCUUCGAUCCAUCUU